AUGGGGCUCGACGGAAGGGUGGAGGAUGAGACUGAACUGGAGGCGAUCAAGGAGGUGGUGCACGAGCACUCUGAGGCAUUAGCUCGGCUCGAAGAUGGCCUGGCAAGAGUGCAGGUGGAGGCGAAGGCGGAUGAUGAUGAUCUUCGUCAGAGACUGGAGGAUCUGAUGCGAGCGGUAGCCUCGCUGCAGGAGCAGAAGACUGGAGCUGGGGGGACGCUGAGCUCGGCCGAGCUGGAGGUCGGCGGCGGCAGCGCCCUUGGCGGCGCGAUCGGCGACGAGGGGCCCACGGUGGAAGCCGCGGCUGGGGUGCAGGGGGCGGUGACCGCCGGCCAAGGCGCGACGAUGGUGGCGGCGGAGAAGGCGCCGGCGGCGCUAACUGCGGCCGAGUUCGGGCCGGGAGCAGGGGCAGGCCCAGUGCGGGCAGGGUUAGGAGUGGGCCCGGGUCUGUUACCGACACCUACGGCCCAAGAGAUCGCGGCCCGAAAAGGAAAGGCUAAGAUGCCCGGUUAUGACACAGACGGGCCUCCUAGGAAUAAUGGGCCCAGGCUGUUGGGUCACUACACAAAUGUCCAUAACGGGCUGGGGUGGUUGGAGUUGGAAGAUGGGCCCGAGUAUGACAAACUGGGCCUGGCGGAUCAACAGGCCAUGUGCGCUGAACCGGAGAUGGACCAGAGGGGGCCUGGUGGGCCGAGGAGGGCCGCCGACCAGUUGGGGCAAGGGGGGUCGGCUCAUGGGGGGCGGACCGAGGCGGCUGGGCCGAGGUGGGUCAGGCCGAAACUGGUCGAGCCGGGAUUGGGAGGACCGAUGCUAGUCGAACAGAGGUGA